AUCUGUAGAAUGUAUACUUUUUGAAAUAGAAGGAUUAAAGUGAAGUUGACUGUUAUGUUAUAGACUUGGUAUUGUACAUACAUACUUAAAUUAUUUUGUAAAUUGCCAAAAUGAUGAUGGAUUAUUUUGUAACAAAUAAUUCUUUAGCACCUGCUCCUAUGGGAAUUCAAAGUACCGCAGGUGCAGUUCCUGUAAAAAAUGAUAAAGGUGAACUUUCUAUGAAAAAAGUAAAAGUGCAUCGUUAUGUCUCUGGAAAACGGCCUGAUUAUGCACCAGCAGCUAGCUCAGAAGAAGAAUCUGAAGAUGAAGAUUUCUUAGAAAAACGAGCGCAUAAAAAUUAUGAAGAAAAUGAGACUUCUACGGAUGCUCCGAUACAGUCACAGAUUAAGGUCCGUGACGAAGAUGAUCCGCGAAUAAGAAGAUUAACGCGAUUAGAAAAACAUAAAGAAUCUAAUGUAGAAAUUCGUGCUGAAAGACAUAGACAUAUCCAUGAACCAGAAUUAAUUGAAGUUGAACCAGAAAGAACCAGAGAAAGGAUCAAACUUGAAAGUUCAGAUUCAUCGGAAGACGAAGAAUUGUCAGAUUCAGAAAUCGAAAGAAGGAGAGAAGCCUUAAAGCAACGAGUUUUAUCUAAGAAAGAAAAUGAAGAAGAAUUAAUUCACGGGGAAGAGGAUGAAAGAUCCGGGGAUAGUUCAGAAGAAAGUUCAGAAUAUGAGGAAUACACAGAUUCUGAAGAAGAAACCGGACCAAGAUUAAAGCCAGUUUUUGUUCGUAAAAAAGAUAGAAUUACAGUAAUGGAAAAAGAAAAGGAAGCAAUGAAACAAAAACAAGCAGAAAUUGAAGCAAAGAAAAUGGCUGAAGAACGAAAACGACAAACACUGCGGAUGGUAGAAGAAGCAAUAAGGAAAGAAGCACAAGUUGGCAAAAACACUAAUGAAACUGAAGGAAAACUGGAAGAUGUUUGUACCGACGAUGAAAAUGAUGAAGUUGAAUAUGAAGCUUGGAAACUGCGAGAAUUAAAAAGAAUUAAGCGCGAUCGUGAAGAAAGAGAACAGCUUGAGAAAGAACGGCUAGAAAUUGAACGGAUACGUAAUAUGACGGAAGAAGAACGAAGACAAGAAGCUCGAUUGAAUCCGAAAGUUAUUACGAACAAAGCAGCCAAAGGGAAAUACAAAUUUUUACAGAAAUAUUACCAUCGUGGAGCCUUCUAUUUGGAUAAAGAUGAUAAUAUAUUUAAACGAGAUUUCUCUGGCGCAACAUUGGAGGACCACUUUGAUAAAACGAUUUUACCAAAAGUUAUGCAAGUGAAAAACUUCGGUCGUAGUGGUAGAACUAAAUACACUCACUUGGUGGAUCAAGAUACCACUCAAUUUGAUUCACCUUGGAUUUCAGAAACAGCUCAAAAUUUAAAAUUCCAUAAUAAUCAAGCAGCAGGAAUGAAACAAGUGUUUGAACGGCCGUCGUUGAAAAAACGGAAAAAUGAAAAUUAAUUUAAUUAAGUAAUUUAUAACAUGUUUAUUUCAAUAAAAUAAUCUAUUAAAA